AUGUUUGGGGCUGCUGGGGGGUCUGUUUCAGUGUUCAAUUACGUGCGUAUGAUUAAUGGGACUGUGAUGAUUGCAAUGGCGAGGGUGAUUGUUGUUUUGAGCGGGAGUACAUCUCGCCCAAGCGAGACCCUCUCGCCUAAGCGAGAUCGCGAGGGAAGAGUAAGACUCUGUGGGAAAAUAAAGACUCUGUGGCCCAGCAAAGGGGCUCGACCACAAAAGACUACCUCUGAUUCACGGCAGCAGAAGAAGCCGUAUGAUAGGCCACAGAGAUCGGCUAAGAAACUACAGUGCUACAAUUGUGGUGGGGAGCAUUAUCGGAGGGAUUGUCCAAAACCCUCAGGCAGUUCCAAUGAUGGUGGUGGUAGCACUGACAAGUGCUACGUUUAUGAUCAGACAGGCCAUUUUACACGACACUGCCCGAAUAAGAAACCAGCUGCAGGUGCACCAGCGAAGAAACCAGUAGGGGAUCGACCUAGAGCCCCUGGUCGUGUUUUUGCCUUGACGACUAUCAAGGCCGCCCAGUCAGGAGCUACCCAUUCAUUCGUAUCCAAUGAAUGCGUGAGGAGGCUCAGUCUAGUAAUGCGAGAGCUGGCGUGCGAGUUAAUUGUUGCGACACCAGCGUCGGGAGAGGUAUCCACCACGUCUGUCUGUGUGGGAUGCCCUAUAAAGGUGGGAGGCCGCAGGUUCAAGGUGAAUCUCAUUUGCUUACCAAUGGAAGGGUUAGAUAUGAUUCUGGGUAUGGAUUGGUUGGCCAGCAACCAUGUGGUGAUUGAUUGCGGGCAACGCAGAGUGGUGUUUCCAGAUUGCUUUCAGCUCUUGAACCUGCUCUCAAAGCUACUAGGUUUCUUUAGUGAGCACCAGUGUCUUCCUUUAACCUCUGUCCAGGAAGAAUAG